AGGACUGCAGUAUUUUCGUGGGGGUUGAGGAAAGAUCGGACCCCGAUGGAACCCGUUGAUAAUCAGCGACUCGGGUGAAGGCACGCGCCCGGCGGACAUGGGACCAGAGCGGGCCAAUUAGCCGCGGAGUUACGGAGCCGCCACAGGGAGCGGAGGGACCGGCGGAGGUGCUGACGCGCCCGGUGCCUGGCCAGAGUGUGUUUGUGUGAGUGUGUGUGUGUGUGUGUUUGUGUGUGCGUGUGUGUGUGUGUAUAUCUGAGUUGGAACCCUAAAGUGAACUUGUGAAAGAAUUUAAACGGGAUACUGACACAGAGAGAGAGCAAGAGGAGACCUGUCGUGUACCAGCAGCAACAUGCAGGGUCUGAGCUCUCGCGCUCACGCGUUUUCGGUGGAGGCGCUGGUCGGUAAACCCUGUAAACGGACGAAGACCUCGGCACGACCGGACGUUGCGGGGGUCAACGCGGAGGGCAGCGGCGACGCCGACACGUUCACUAGUGAGACCGGUUCCAACGGUCCUCUGCAGUUUCCUUCGGACCAGAGUAAAAGUGCUGCUGGGACACCACAGGGACAAAAGGACUCGGAACUCGGGAGAGAAGGUCGCAAAAUCAGGGUCGGGGAUGAAACGUCGUGCGGAGAGGCCCAGAGGUCGGGGCAGAGCGGGGACCCGCGGGUCGACCUGCAGGGCUCAGAGCUCUGGAACCGCUUCUAUGAGAUCGGCACUGAGAUGAUCAUCACCAAAGCUCAUCUCACAAUACUAAAUUAAAUAGAAUGGGUUAUUAUAUAAACAGAGGUUUUGUGUUGCAAUUGUAGUAUUUUUUUUAGGGUUCAUGGGUAUUAAGUUUGCAUGACAACCGUGGCUAUAUUCGUCUUCAACCAAUGAUCUAAUUUACAGCCCAUUUAUUAUUUGUCUAAACCAAUGCCAUUUUUAUGAAGCUUUACAAUAUAGGUGUAUUUCAAUUUCCAAGUAGGUCCAAUAUUAACUUUUGGUCAAUUUGGAAUUGGUCAAAUAACGUAGGUCUAUUUGAGUUAUAUGCGUUUUAAUGUAAAUCUAGCUUAAUUAAUUGAACCCCUUUCUCAUCCUCGACCCCUGUCAGCAAUACUACAUCGCCAUGGACGUGAUGCCCGUGGACUCUAAACGCUACAGGUGUGUUCCUGUGUGUGCAUGUAUGUAUCAUGCAUGUAUGUGUAACCCUUGUCCCAUGUAGUUAAAUAAUAAAUCUAGAGUGGUUAAUACAAUAAGACUGGGCCUGGGCUCGUUGUAGGAAACGACAACUUUUAUUCAUAUAUUACUGUUAGAUCAUUUUAAUAAAUGACCACCACAACUGUAUUUUAAAUGUAAAAGUUUUCAAUCACAUAUUUAUUCACAAAAUGAAAUACUAGUCGAAUGUAUUUUAGGAAAAGAAAACAAAUAAACAAAUAAAAUAAAUAAAAUCAGAUGCACGGGAUUCUCCAAUUUACAACAAUGCAAACUCAAUGUACCACACACAACCAAAUUAACAACAACACUUUAAAUUAGGUUAACCCGUUGCAGGCCUGUUAGUUGAAGCUUGUGUGCGGUGGGGCCUAAAAACUACCGGCCGCUUCACUCAGCUUGAGCUCAAAAUAAAAGCACGUGCAAUAUGUAAGUCAGUACUCACGAAAUCCAGGGUGUAAUUAGUAGGGGCAGAAAGGGAUUGGGGGAUGAUAUUCUCACGAAGAUAAUGGCAAUGGCGGUGGCAAUCCAAACACACACGUGGGCAAUGGCGGUGGCGAAGUCACAAGGAAGAAAACACAGAAAACAGCAAGGC